AUGGCGGUUGAAUACCCGAGUUUGCCUUUCUAUGGACAUGAUGAGUCCUUGAGCUCAUUGAACAAGGGCAAUUUCCUUGAGAUGCUCGAGUGGUAUAGCCUACGGAAUGAUAAUGUUUUCAGGCUGGUCAAUCAAAACGCUCCUGUAAAUGAUCAAAUGACUUCUCCGAAAAUUCAGAAGGAGUUAGCAAAUGCUUGCGCAAUAGAGAUUACAUGUGCUAUUGUUGAUGAUAUUGAAGAUAAGUGUUUUUCUCUUAUGAUUGAUGAAGCCCGGGAUGUGUCAGUGAAGGAGCAAACGGGAGUUGUUCUGCGAUAUCUGAGUAAGAAUGGGUAUGUGAUAGAGUGGUUCCUUGCUAUGGUUCAUGUUCCAAAUACAUCAGCUAUUUCAUUGAAGAAUGCCAUUGAUUAUCUAUUUGCCAAACAUGGGUUUUCUCUUUCAAGACUAAGGGGACAAGGAUAUGAUGGGGCUUCAAAUAUGCGGAGGAGAAUUCAAUGGUUUGAAGGCACUUGUCCUAAAAGAAAAUCCAUACGCAAGUGGAAGCAUCAUACAAAAGGAAUGACCAACUUUGGCAACAUCACCAUGAUAGUGUUAGAUGUCCAAAAUGUGCAUAAUGAUGGUGCUUCUAAUGAUAAUAAAGUCAUAGCAGGAAGCUCGCUUCAAGACUUGAGGGAGACGGGAUGGGAGGCAUUUUUGGAGGAAGUUAGAUCCUUUUGGGAAAAAAACUCUAUCCCGGUGCCUAAUAUGGAGGAUAAUAUGAGAAUUCAUGGUCAUUUUAGAUGGGAAGGGCAAGUUAUUACUCAUUUUCACCAUUUCUGCCUUGAAAUUUUCUAUGAGGCCAUUGAUUUGAUUGCACAAGAAAUGCAAAACCACUUCCCAAAAACUAGCACAAAGUUACCUCUUCUUCAGUCAUGCUUUGAUCCAAUGGACUCAUUCUCUAAAUACAACAUCCACAAGCUACUUCGUCUUGCAGAACUUUAUCUCGAAAAUUUCACAAUGACUGAGCACAUGAUGCUUGAGGAUCAACUUCCCACUUUUAUUUAUAAUGUAUGGCAUGAUGCAGAUUUUAUAAAUGUUGGGGACUUAGGAGGUUUUGCUAGGAAGAUGGUUGUGACAAGCAAACGUAUUAUUUUUCCACUCAUUCAUCGCUUUUACGAGUUGGCAUUGGUUUUACUAGUUGCAACAGUUAGUGUUGAGAGGGUGUUUACGGCGAUGAAUAUUGUAAAAACUGACUUACGCAAUAAAAUGGGAGAUGAGUGGAUGAAUGAUAUUAUGUUUGUCUAUAUUAACGGGAGGUUUUGCAACUAUUGA